ACGGCGGGCUGAGUCCUCGUGUCGAUGUACAUACAAAAGGCCUUGUUACCUUCAAGUCAAUCCCUGAAGAUGAAGUCGUCCGUAUAACGAACCGGAAGAUAGGCUUAGGCGGCCUGGAAAAUCGUCUGCUCGUAACUGUCGCACUUUCACACUUCUGCGGGAAAUAGGAACGCAAAACUUUGAACUCCUAUCCAUUUCUCGUCUCCUCGAUACGAGCUGUUGGAAAUAAAGUAGAGUAAAGUCACUGAGUGAAAGUUAAAAAAAAAAAAAGGAGAAAAAAAAAAGAUAAACUGUCGACAUCAGACUUCAGGUCGGAGUCCGACUGUGGUACAAAUAAAGCGCGAGGAACUUGGAAAAAUGUUUGGUGAACGGUGAGAGUAAAAAUUGAGUUUGUGAGAAAAUAGGAGAGGGGAUAUUUUCCCCCAGGAUUUUCCCAAAGACCCCGCGAAGGGGAGCUGAGGUUGGAGAACCGGAAACUGAAGCAUCGGAAGGUGGAAUAGUUCAACAAGAGCGGCUAGAGAAGCCGAGGAAAAUGGGAAAGAAAAAUAGUAAACUGAAGCAAGACACUAUCGAUCGACUGACUACGGACACGUAUUUCACGGAAAAGGAGAUACGACAAUGGCACAAGGGAUUCCUCAAGGACUGCCCGGACGGUUUACUCACAGAACAGGGAUUUAUCAAAAUAUACAAGCAAUUCUUUCCACAAGGAGAUCCGUCGAAAUUUGCCUCAUUAGUUUUUAGGGUUUUCGACGAAAACAGCGACGGCACGAUAGAAUUCGAGGAGUUCAUAAGGGCGCUGUCGGUCACGUCGAGAGGCAAUCUGGACGAGAAGCUGCACUGGGCUUUCAGGCUCUACGACGUUGACAACGACGGUUUUAUCACGAGGGAUGAGAUGUACAACAUUGUCGACGCGAUAUAUCAGAUGGUGGGGCAACAACCGCAGGCAGAGGACGAGAACACGCCCCAGAAGAGGGUCGACAAGAUAUUCGAUCAGAUGGACAAGAAUCACGAUGACAAACUGACUCUCGAGGAAUUCCGCGAGGGUAGCAAGGCGGAUCCGAGAAUCGUCCAGGCGUUGUCCUUAGGCGGCGGCGAGUAGCAGGAGGCCUGGGACGAUAAGCCGGGCAGUUACGUCAAAACAGAAUAAAUCGUGAAAACGUUCGAGGAUUUCCUUUUGUCCCUCCUCACGGCUUCGUACGUGACGGGAAGUUGGCCGAAUUUAUAUGAGAUUUCCCGAAGGAUCCGUCGAUCCAUUAUAUCCUUCGAAAGAGGAUUUUUCUUUCUGUAUAUAGAAAAGACAUUAUACGCUGCCUCUCUUUAUUUUUCCUUCUUCUCUCUCUCUCUCUCUCUCUCUCUCUCUCUCUCUAGUCUUCGAUCUUCCGUUCUGCUUUAAUCUACUGUCUGUCCUCGUCCUUUUCGAUUGUUUAUCUAUCUCUCUCUCUCUCUCUCUCUCUCUCUCUACUGUAACGAAGGUCCGAAAAGUCUUGUUGAAACUUUUAAUCGUACAGGCCAAUUUCACCUGCACUUCCCGUCAUCGCCGGAAGCCGAGAGGAAAUGGUCCUUUCGAUUCGCCAGCAAAAGGACAACAGGAAACACGCAAGAUGAAUAUUAUAUUCAUCCCAACGAUAUUGGAUCCGUCCUGGCGACUCGAUGGUUCCGCACGAAAAUAUAUUAUUCAUCUCUCUCUCUCUCUCUCUCUCUCUCUCUCUUGUAACGAGCGAUAAUUGCUUUAUCACUUUUUUUGGAGGAAUUUCACGACGGUCUCGUUUCGUCAUCUCGACCUAAUUACAUCGUCCUGAAUUCUCCAAUCAAAGUCCAGAAACUGCGUUCUCUCGAAAUCCGUGCUGGAAUUCCAGUACAAAUUUCAAAAGAAAAAUAUAAGUGCGAAUUAAAGAAAAGCAAUAUAUGGGAAGAAUCCGAAAUAUUUAUUAAGCUACUUUUAGUAAGCGUCUGUUGUCGCGAGGAACGGAAAUAUCCUAGUGAAUUAUUUAUUCAUUCAUUUAUUAAUAACAAUUAAAUAUAUCUUUUGAUUGUGUCCUCGAAGCGGCGCCACUUUUAAAUAUUCUUAACAAAGCUCUUCUUUAUCAUAAAAUGGACAAAAUAUAUAAAAGUUUCAAAGUAACGAAAGUUUGCUCAUCAGAAUUGGCUGAUAUUAGCGAUACUGCUUCUACCAUUACUACUUACUCUAAUAAUUCAUUUGCAACGGAAGAUUCAAAUAAUCAUCUUUGUUUGACAACAAUGAAAACAAUUAAUUCAUUGAUGCUUCGAAUGUCCCGCAAGUUUCGCUGGUAGCUUUGCUCGAGGAAAACGAAUGAAAAGGAAAUGGCAUAAAAAGAGAAAUAAAGAAAAAAAAAAGAAAAGAAAAAAAUAAAUAAAAAAUGAUACACAAAAUCCAUAAAGUUAAUAGAAAUCGAAAUGCAAGCUCAGUUCGUUGUAUCGUGACGCGAAUGGAGUGACCUGAAAUUCACGAGAAUACCGAAAUCCCAUUACGGAAGUUCCUCACCGGAUACAAAGGUACGAAGGUUGUUUCCGGUUAGAAUGUUCCGAAUAGUCGCGCACCAAGGAAACUUCAGGUGCAGCUGUACUGCACAAUAGGACCAGUAUGCACCCACGUCUGAAAUAUUCCGCGAAUUGACGUCUGGCGACUGAAAGUUUUGAAAAGAAAAAAUGAUGCGAGGAAGAAUCCAUGAAACAAAUAAAAACAACGAUACCAGCAUUAUCCGUGAGCUGAGACGCGUCUCUUACGUUUCCUAUAUUCCCUUGGGAACAUGAGCUAAAACGUGGCAAAAAAAAACACAGCCGGAUACGCGGGGAAUAGGUCAGUCUGGCCAUGAGGAGACUCUUGAACAUUGGCAGCCAUUGCUUAUUCAUAGACCGGUCGUCGCUUGAACACGGAAUAAAUUUUUCUGCAAAAUUCUUCACUCCUAUACCAUACGUUAUAUUUAUACCAUUGCUCAUUUUUUUGUUCACACUUUUAUACUGCUCUUUUUCCCUUAUUCACUCCAUGUCGAUGCUACCGUUUUCAAUCUCGUACACAGUCCGUCUCUUUCUGGCGUAUGCAUUCGCAUGUACGAAUUUCCUAUGCGUAAAUUCUGCCUCGCUUCAAUUUUCCAUUCAAUUUAUCAUCCUCAUAAAAAAGACUUGACAAGAACUUGGCCGAAUCGUAUACGUACGUAUACGAAAUUGGUGCCGAUUUGAUUCUCUCGAAAAGUGAUAAGAGAUACAGUAGUUGAGGUAUAAAAGUUUUCCCAACGCGCAUGGAACUGACGUUGUCCGGGAUUGUGCUGAAAAUUCGUAGAUCAAAAAUUGUAUGGCGAGUAUCCAAGCCUUUCGUGCGUAUCGGGUAAACCGAGUGUAAGGCUGAUCGGAAAAUAAGAUUUGACAUGAAUAUCCGGAAUUACAUGAGAUACACGAUAUGUAGGAUAAGGGUCGAAUAAAAAAUGGGAAUUCGGUUCACGGAAGGUUUCACUCAAGAUUCAAAUGUGGGAGGUCAAAUGUAAAGGAACUAAAUGACGAUCAAAGUUCAUCUCGUGGAUUCCACCGAAGGUCAAAGUAUUUCUGCCUUCGGAAACGGUCAGGAAGGAAUUUUCGAUUUUACAACGGAAUUAACGUUCUAGGCACAUUCUUCCAGGACGCCGACCGGAUAUUUGGAUAAUUUUUCGAUUCCCUCUCGAAAGACGUCAGCGUCCUCUGGACCCGUGCCAAUUCUCUUUCAUUUCCUAAGGGCAGAGGUAGAGGGCUCCUGGAAAUCCUGCAGGAAAAUUCCCCAUCUUUCCCCGUCUUCGGCAUAUACUACAGUACCAUAUCACACUCUGCUACAUAUACUAUGACUAUGCUAUACUUAAAAAUCUUCUUUGUGCUCUACUAAGAACUUUGGACUUUAGCUAGUGUCUAUAUAUGUAUUUAAACAAGUAUAGCGCGUUUAGUGUGUUGCCGAGGGACUUUGAUUUAAUCUUUUCUUCACUUCACUCUUCUUGCAACUUCGUGUAAAAAAGUAACGUCUAUUCGGUCGAUAAAUGAAUAAACUCUGUCCAUUGAUAUUGGAGCUCUAUUUCCAUUUCGAUCAAUCGUACGCCAAACAUAGGUUUCUCAAUUGGUCCACUUUCAGUUUAUCCUCUUUUUGUAUUUUAUUAACGCAUUUUAUUCGUUCGGAUUUUCUGUUCGCUGUUCACUUGAAAAUUUGGAAGUUGCACUGGUGAUAAGGGGAAUCCCCUACCGGUGGUGAUGAGGGGGUUCCCCUUUACGUAUUCAUUAAAGUAUUCGUGCACUUGGAUUUUCAAAUAAAAAAGGAAAUAGUAUGGUUACUUACAGAAAUUUCAUACCGAGCAUCUUCGUACUAGAUGGAAACGCUUGAAAAGUUGGAGGAAUCGUUCUGGAAGCUGCUGAAGUUUCAUAAAGUCAAAUGAUAUAGCAGGAAUGUAUUAUGCACUAGUGGCGCCCCGAGUUUUCACUUCCUCCUUUCGGGUAAACGAUCUUUUUGCACUAGAAGAAGUUUUAUUUCUUUGUUCAUCGCGGUAUUAAUCCAAUCGAUGUUCAAGAAGUAAGGGGUUUGAAAAAAUAUACGGGAAAUUUCCAUUGUAAAAUGGCGAACGAUUGCUCGUGCAAAUGUAGAAAAAGACAUACGUACGUGUAACAAUGUCAGGAAGUUCGGUGUGUCAAAGUUUUGGGGUAACUUUGAAAACUGGGAUAUCGCUCUGAGUAUCGGAAAAACAUCCGGAAACUUGAGACGUCCGGUAGAGGUACAAACACCCUUGGAUUUAUACGCGCCCCUUGCUGGACCUAAAAAAAAAAUACUUUGUUCAAGAAGAAUGUGACACUAAGAAAGUUGUGUGCUUUCCUUUUUUUUUUCGUAAUUUUCAAGAAAUUAUUUUUUUUUGUGCAAUUCCCGGCAAUUGCCGCUUCACUUUUUACACGUAUACACUUAUUUGACGGUACCCUGCGAUUUUCCCCAUUUCUAUUGCGACAGUUUAGGGAAAAGCUUGUGGAAAUUUGACUUUCCCAGAAUCGCUUAGGGGAUGCUCAGAUCGUUCGAGGUUAAGCACGCCACAAAGGGGUGAGAGAAUGCCUCGGGCCAAUGUGUAUGAGUUUAAUCAAGGGAGGAAUAGAGGUGGAACUUAGUAUCAGCGAUACCCUCUGUAACCACCCCCACUCCCUGGCACCAAGUUCUUCACCGAAAUUCUGGGCAAAAAUGAAAACGUAUUCCGCACACCGUGUGUCGCAUUGGAAUGCCAAAGGGCAAAAACUAUCCUGGAUUUUUCAACCCGCUGUAGGAUUCGUCACCAGCAGCGUAACAAUAUCCAAGCCGUACACCAGCCGAUUCUUCGAUUCUCAUGCCCUUUUCUCUGUCAUUCUUUCCGCGCUUACGUUUUACGAUACGAUAAAAAUAAACGAGCAGACGUGAUGCUGGGAAAAGAAAAUUUCGGUUAUCUUGAAAUUAAAGUCGUACCGUUCGCAGAGUAAAGUCGUCGCAAAAAGUUUUUCUCCGUCCAGUGAAAUCAGUUAUAUAAAAUCAAUAUAUUGUCGAGGAGAAUAAUAAAGGAAUCCAUUAUCGUUAUUUCUUUCAAUUGGGCAAUAAAGCAGGUAUUGUAAAUUAUUGAUUACGUGCUGACUGGUCAAAGUGACAGCACUCAGAGAACUUCUGCAUUAUGAAUUGGUUAAGAAAGAAUAAGAGGCGACAAAAAUAGUAAUCUCAAGUUAUUAUCUUUAAACAGGUUCGCUCCCAUUUUUCUAGUAAAAUACGAAUAGCAGUAUACUCCAUUUCAUUUCAUAGAACAGAGAGGAAAUGACGAAGAGCAUAGAAAGCGAGUUUUUACAUAGUUUUCCUUUCGUAUAUCAGACGUGUCUGGGUUACAGCGCCACGUAAAAUUUGAACGCGAGGAAACAUGGCUUUUCAUUCGAGCUUGAAGUUCCGAGCGUUAGUCAUUUCGUGCACGAAUACCCUGUUAUUUAUAUUGUUCCGUUUAGAUUUUAGCAAAGUACUUACCAUCACAAUGCUAACGGUGCCUGCAUUGGAACUGGCACGAGAAUUUGUCUGGCAUUUCUUAUGAUGGACGAUGUCAAUGUCAUCGGAGCGAUCACUGACUGUAUCUACGGAUCCUACACUAUAUCUAUGUAUACAGACAUCCAGAGGGAUAUAUUCCAAUAUAUCGCAGUAUAAAAUACCUUCCGUUCGAAUACCUAUCGGUUUUUACAGUUUCUUAAACUACCUUUACGCCGCCACUCGUCGCCAUUUAUCUUAAGUGAAUUCUCUCCCGCUAGAUGCCACUAAGCGCGAUUGGUCUUCGUAACAGUUACGAAUUCGAAGCUCUCCUCUGACGUAGCAGAUAUAUAUAUCAUUUGAUCCAUAGACAAGGACCGUAUACCGCGCACAGAGAGCCACAUGACCACCAUAUGUGUGUACAUACGAUAUGUAUGUCAAAGUAAGAAACUGCACGAAAGGACGAAUCAAAAUGAAAAAGUAAUCCGAGAGAAAGAUGAAAUUUCCAAGGAUUUCCAAUAGGAAAAUCCUGAAGGACUGAAGCGCACACGUGCAUAUCAAUAUAUACGCCGUAUAUACGCCAAUAUAUACAACAUAUAUGCCGUAUGUGUAUGUACAUACGUACAAGUGGCUCCAUGUGUGUAACUCUGCUCGAACAUCGCCGGCCUUUACGUAAUAUGUAAUAUACGUAAUCCAUCAUGCAAUUCCGGGGGAGCCAGUGAGAGCCACCCCUGGAAAAAUGUCACCUGCCCCACGUGGUGGGGUUGGUGGGUCUGGGGGAAUGGACGAUAGAUGAAAGGAGAGAUAGAGAGAGAAAAAAGACGAGAAAAAAUGGAACAGGAUAUAGGUGGCCGGCAUGCUGGAAUAAUGGCCCCCUCCCUUACGCUACGGAUUUUUAUUACGUCACCCGCGUAAAUUCCUGCGAAGCUGACUUCAAAUUUAUUCAAGCACCUACAGAGAGCUAUUAGAACGGGUUUGCCUAAAUUUCCUGGUAAACUGAGCGAAAUGAACAUUAGUUCCACUCUGUCGUUCCUUAACGGCCAAGCCAACUGGGAAAAUAAUAAUCAUAAUAAUGUAGUCUUUAUUGUCAAGAUGGUACAGCAGACAAACAGAGAGAAUCAGCUACAAACCUAACUAAAAUAGUUUUCCCAUCUAUCUCGUACGAUCUUCGCAGUCUUCUUGGUGAUUCUGUCUGACUCACGAAAUUCAAACUGUUUUUCAUCUAGUUUAGUGGCGCCACGUGUAUAUACGUGCGAAUAAGUGUACGUAACAUACAAUACUAUAUAUAUAUAUAUACAUAUAUAUUCUUUCAAUCGAGUUGAUAGAAUCUCAAUCCAUCUAUCGGAUGAAUUCUUCUUCAUUUUUAUUCGAGUCUCACUUUACUUAAGGUAUAACCAGAACGUGGCGGGAGAUAUUACGAUAUUCGAAACGCUCUCUCGCUCGACUUGUGGACGAAUAUGGCGUAGCAAUAAUUUUCAAUGAUUUAGCGUUUACGAGGAUUUUUAAAGAUUUUACGCGACAGAGCGUGUAAUAUAUAUAUAUAUAGAUAUGAUAUAUAAGUAAUAAUUUAAGUAUCGAAGGGCGAUUUAUAUCGAAAGACGAUUGUGCGAUUUUUUCAAAGUAUAUAGUUACUGAAAAUUAUUGCUUCGAGGAUUUUCAUUGAUUCGAAUCAUUUUUUAUGCUAAAUUUGUUAACUCUUUUCUCGGGCUUCAAUAUGAAGCCAAAAUCUUACUUAACGUUUAUUUCUUGUAAACCGAUAAAAAUGUCUAUUUUAUCUGUGUCUCGAAUGGACGCGAUUAAUAUUUCCUUGAGAUACGAUUGCUGCUAAUUAAAGAUCGCCAUAUGAUUACAAUACCUGAAACGGUCGAAGUGCGAGGUGUUGGGAAAAAUUGGAAAUUUACACAUCGUCUCUAAAACGUAAAGAGAUAAAGGUAGUUCCUCUCGAUAAAUCGCACCUCGAUUGCAAUACAAUACAUUGUACGAUUUAAUUCACUCAUAGUCGUAAGAAAAAAAAAAGACACGAGGAUAACAAAGCUAAGACGAGAAAUCAUACUCGCGACUAUAUUAAGUAAUUUUUACUAUUUUCGAAAAA